CUGUAGAGGUGCGGGGGGCUGAGAAGACGCAACCGAGAGCCAUGGCGGCGGUGGCGGCGGUGGCGGCGGCGGCGGCAAUGCGGGCCCGGAUCCUGCAGGUUUCUUCCAAGGUGAACUCCAGUUGGCACCCAGCAUCCUCCUUCUCUUCGUCUUCAGUGCCAUCUGUAAAGCUUUUCAUUGAUGGGAAAUUUAUUGAAUCCAAAAGUGACAAAUGGAUGGACAUCCACAACCCCGCCACCAAUGAGGUCAUUGGUCGGGUCCCUCAAGCCACCAAGGCUGAAAUGGAUGCAGCAGUUUCUUCCUGCAAACGUGCUUUUCCCGCAUGGGCAGACACUUCAAUAUUAAGCCGUCAGCAGGUCCUGCUCCGCUAUCAACAACUCAUUAAAGAAAACUUGAAAGAAAUUGCCAGGUUAAUCACGCUGGAACAAGGGAAGACCCUAGCGGAUGCCGAAGGAGAUGUAUUUCGAGGCCUUCAGGUGGUUGAGCAUGCCUGCAGUGUGACAUCCCUCAUGCUGGGAGAGACCAUGCCAUCCAUCACCAAAGACAUGGACCUUUAUUCCUACCGUCUGCCUCUGGGGGUGUGUGCAGGCAUUGCUCCAUUCAAUUUUCCUGCCAUGAUCCCCCUUUGGAUGUUUCCCAUGGCCAUGGUAUGUGGAAAUACCUUCCUAAUGAAACCAUCAGAGCGAGUCCCUGGAGCAACUAUACUUCUUGCCAAGUUGCUUCAGGACUCUGGCGCCCCUGACGGAACACUGAAUGUCAUCCAUGGACAACAUGAAGCUGUAAACUUUAUUUGCGAUCAUCCUGAUAUCAAAGCAAUCAGCUUUGUGGGAUCCAACCGGGCAGGAGAGUACAUCUUUGAGAGAGGGUCAAGACAUGGCAAGAGAGUUCAAGCCAAUAUGGGAGCCAAAAACCAUGGGGUAGUCAUGCCAGAUGCCAAUAAGGAAAAUACUCUGAACCAGCUCGUUGGGGCAGCAUUUGGAGCCGCUGGUCAGCGCUGCAUGGCUCUUUCAACAGCGAUCCUUGUGGGAGAAGCUAAGAAGUGGCUGCCGGAGCUGGUAGAGCGUGCCAAAAAGCUGAGAGUCAAUGCAGGAGACCAGCCUGGAGCUGAUCUUGGCCCUCUGAUCACCCCCCAGGCAAAAGAGCGAGUCUGCAAUCUGAUUGAUAGUGGAACAAAGGAAGGAGCUUCCAUCCUUCUUGAUGGGCGAGAUAUUAAAGUCAAAGGUUAUGAAAAUGGGAACUUUGUUGGGCCAACCAUCAUCUCAAAUGCCAAGCCAAAUAUGACCUGUUACAAAGAGGAGAUUUUUGGCCCAGUUCUUGUAGUUCUGGAAACAGACACUUUGGAUGAAGCCAUCAAGAUCGUAAAUGACAACCCAUAUGGAAAUGGAACUGCCAUCUUCACCACCAAUGGAGCCACUGCUCGGAAAUAUUCCCACCUGGUAGAUGUUGGACAGGUUGGGGUGAAUGUACCCAUUCCAGUGCCUUUGCCAAUGUUCUCAUUCACUGGCUCUCGAGCUUCCUUCAGGGGAGACACCAAUUUCUAUGGCAAACAGGGCAUCCAGUUCUACACUCAGCUAAAAACUGUCACUUCACAGUGGAAAGAAGAAGAUGCUUCUCUUUCCUCACCUGCUGUAGUCAUGCCUACCAUGGGCCGUUAGAAAUGAGUUGUUCUGGACUCAGUCCAUCCUGAGUAAUUGCCCUUUAUUCUUGACCAACUCCAACUGCCAACUUUGCUCAGAUCAGAUCCCUGGGAUUGGAACACUAUGUAACUAAAAUCUUUCACAGGACCAUUAUCCCCUGUUAAGUAGUUAAUAGGGAGACUCCUAGUGUAAUUCUGAAACCAGAUUUUCACUUGCUCUUCAUAAUUUUAUUUUUGAGGUCACUGUUCUAACUGUGAAAUGCUUCUCUGGAAUAAGAGCUUAGACCUGACUUCUAAAAAUUUUCCCCUUUUCUGAUGACUUGAAGGAAGGGAACAUUAGUGUGUGUAAAGACGAUCUUCCAAGGAAGAGGAUCUCUUGUAUGGGGAAAUAGGUCAAAAAUAAUUCACCCUUUGGUUGAUCGUCAAACACAGCCCCACAUAAAUGCCAGUGGGUGAGGCCUCUCUGUGAAGCUUUGCUGAGCCUCUCAUUUAUCCCACACCACACAAGAUAUAAUCCAUCUCUACUUAUCCCACAGAUGUGACAACUGCUUCUGUCUUUUCUGCUGAAUGCCACUUUGUCCUAGUGACUCAUGACCACUAAUUCUAUCAUUGUCACUGUUCCUGCUCCUUAAAACCACUUCCCAAGGAUACCUCAGUAUGCAUUGGAUAAAUCAACUUUUUGUGGUGUGUGCCAAGCGUUAAAUUUCAGGGUUUGCUUUAGCAAUCAAUUAAUGCUUCAGUCAUUAAUUCAGAUGCCAACAGGAUUUUUUUAGAAAACUAUUUCAAAAGUUAUAUCAGGCCCAGAAAUCAAGGGGUAUUCCAAACCAUGAAAGUGAGCAAGACUCUUUUUUUUUUUUUUUUUGAUGCUUAACAGGAUCUCAUGUUUAUUGAGAAGUGAUUAAUGGCAGUUUCUCAUUGGCUGAAUCAGAAACUGAAGAGACAUUCACUACAUGUUUUACAAUAUUUUUCUCUUCCAAAAUGCAUUUCUGUAAACAAGUUUUAACCACUGUUCUUAGCUUUGAAAUCAAAUUAAUGCUGAACUUAAUCAGUAUAAUCAGUAUAAGAACAGAACAUUUCUUAGGACUCCUAGUACUUUACUUUGAGUAACAAAGGGUCCGAGAAAAUGAACCACCCUUAAAGAUACAACCUUGGGCGACACUGUUAAAUUCUCCAAGACAAAAAUUCUUCCUAAAAAUGUUCUUCCCAUUUGGAAGGGAAAAACCAAAUUCCUACUUCCUGGGGUGGAGGCUCAAAACCUUCAGACUCAAGUGUUCUCCAAGUAUGUGCAAGACUGUUGCCUAAAGUAAGUCUAACCUGAUAUUACUUGUCAAAAUUUUUAUAUUGUUCUUUCCUCUUGCCUGCAUUUCUCAUUUGUGAUACUUUUUUUUUUUUUGCGGUACGCGGGUCCCUCACUGUUGUGGCCUCUCCCGUUGCGGGGCACAGGCUCCGGACGCACAGGCUCAGCAGCCAUGGCUCAUGGGCGCAGCUGCUACGCGGCAUGUGGGAUCUUCCCAGACCGGUACAAACCCGUUGUCCCCUGCAUUGGCAGGCGGACUCUCAACCACUGCGCCACCAGGGAAGCCCUGUGAUACUUUUUAAUGAAAGAACCCUAAUGUAAAGUAAUUAACUGGGGCCUAAGAAAUUUCAAAGCUUUCCAUGUGUGAAGUAGUCAAAGAAAUGCUUUGACAGAUUCUUCUGCUACCAUUAAUUCAACUGUCUUUAUGCUUUUUGUUUCUUUGCUAUAGCUCAACUUUAAGUCAGAACAGAAAUUUAUGUGCUAAACGGAAUAGAUUCUGUCUUUUUGCUCUACAAUGCCAGUUGAAUCCUGUCUUUCUGAUAUGGUCUUCACCCAUUGACCUAGGAGAAGGCUUCUCAUUUCUGAUAGAGUAGUCUCUGGUCCUCAGCCAGAUGACAUAGGUCAUUUAUUUUUCUGCUUCCUCAUUAGUUACGUAGAUAAUGCUAACCUAUUCCAUGGGGGUUAUUUAAUGAAUUAAGGAUGGUAAAAACCUUUAAAAUGUUUGUGCAUUCUGGAUUUUAGGCUUAUUACUACCACCUGUUGGAUAGAAUGUCAAAAUCUUUAAUCACUUAAGGUGAUUGAAAGUUAAUAAAAUACAUUUAUGACCCUCCUGGCGCUUUUUUUUUUUUUUUGGAUUUGCCUGCCUAAAGGUGAGGCAAUAGAAAUUUAUAAUUUCAUAAUAGAAUGCCUCUUGUUUUAUCUCUUAUCACAGCUGACAACUGGUAGUAAUAUUUAAUCCAGUCCAACAACUACAGGCUGGGUUGAAUAAAAGGUCAUAUUGUCUAAAUUCCAAGUGGAAUUAAAUAUAAUCACAGAGACUCCUAAGUUUUCCUUACAUUUAAGGAAAAUUACUUUUUAAGAAAUGCUAACUAAUCAGAAUUGUGCUGCUCUAAUUGGAAUCAACUCAUUUGGCUAGGUACUUGCUACUCAGAAAAGUUUCUAAUUUCUUAGAUGGAAAAAAAUCUGUACAGUUGUGUUCAUGCUAGUAGCUGCUAAAAAAUUCAGUAUUUUCUUUUUGCUCUGAUGUGGCCUCACUGGAAAUUUCUCACAUUUUACAUUGUACUAAUUGAUUAUGUACAACAAAUUACAAGUAAAAAGCUCUUAAAAAGAAAACCUGGCUUUUUUUUUUUUUUUAAUGGUACCGUACUUCCUUAUAAUGCCUUUGUCCGCUAGCUUAUAGUGACCCAGACUUCCCACCUCUGUCCAAAGCCAACAGUUACAUGGUCACUAUGUUUAUUCUUACAUAAAGGAUAGUACAUAUUUUAACUGGGCUUUAUAUUUCAAAAGGCAAUUUAUAGGUUUUCCACACUAAAAGAGGCACAAAUAUGCAUUUGCAUUAAAUACAUGUCUUCCUUAGUGUGGAUAUUGUUUAUUAAAAUGUCCACAAUCUCACACUAAUGUUAUUACUCAUUUCAGUGAUCCCUGAGAGCUCCCAACUAGUAGAGAAAAGAACUGUGACUUAGAGGAAGCUGCAUGAGGAAGGGGAACAAUUAUGUAUAUUGUUUGGUUAGAUUACAGACUCCUUACUAUAUCAGACUCUUGUGAUCCUUUCUGAAUAUUGGGUAUCACCAGUUCACCAGUAGAGUCUAAGAUUGGCACUUGCUGGGUGAUGAAGGUGUGAUCUUGAAGCUUACUUUCAUCCCUACAAUAAUGACAAAGUAAGACUUGUCAACAACCACACACACGGAACUUGGUUCAGAACAAUAAUAUACUUGUUAUGUUAUUCUCACUCAAUUCUAGUAUGUAUAAGAUGUCUACAACCACCAUUGUGAUCAGGCUCAUGUUCAUUGCUUUGUCAAGAGAGCUUACCCAAACUCCUUUGUUGUUUCAUCAUCAGGACCAAUAUAGUCUGGAACUGGAGGUUUAGAACUCUGGCCGUAUUUCCUGUAGUGGGUAUAAGUUAACAAUGAAGCAGUGUCUCCACAUGCCCUGUAUUUCAACUACACUUUAAAACUGCUAAAGGAAAAAAAAAAUAAUAAUAAUAAAUAAAUAAAUAUAGGACUUCCCUGGUGGCAGAGUGGAUAAGAAUCCACCUGCCAAUGCAAGGGACACGGGUUCGAUCCCUGGUCUGGGAAGAUCCCACAUGCCGCGGAGCAAUGAAGCCCAUGGCCACAACUACUGAGCCUGCGCUCUAGAGCCGCGUGCCACAACUACUGAGCUCACAUGCCACAACUACUGAAGCCCGUGCUCUGCAACAAGAGAAGUCACUGCAAGGAGAAGCCCGUGCACCACAACAAAGAGUAGCCCCCGCUCACCAUAGCUAGAGAAAGCCAGCAUGCAGCAACAAAGACCCAACGCAGCCAAAAAUAAAUAAGUAAAUAGAAAUUAAAAAAAUAAAUAAAUAUAAAACUGCUAAAGGGAAAUGCUUCAGUUGGAUGGGCUUCUUAUUUUCAAAAAUGAGCUUUCAUACACACAUAGAGGCAGUAUAAUAUUAGGCAAGUUAAUUUAAACUUACAUUCUCUUAAAGUUGAGACAUGUUGAACUUAAGAAAUGGAAAUAUUUAUGAAUAUAAUCAUGAUGAUACUCAUAAAAUAGCUAUUAAGGGCUUCCCUGGUGGCACAGUGGUUAAGAAUCAGCCUGCCAACGCAGGGGACACGGGUUCGAGCCCUGGUCCAGGAAGAUCCCACGUGCCGCAGAGCAACUAAGCCCGUGUGCCACAGCUACUGAGCCCACGUGCCACAACUACUGAAGCCCACGCGCCUAGAGCCUGUGCUGCACAACAAGAGAAGCCACCACAAUGAGAGGCCUGCACACUGCAACGAAGAGUAGCCUCUGCUCACCACAACUAGAGAAAGCCCACGCACAGCAACGAAGACCCAAUGCAGGCAAAAAAUUAAUAAUAAUAAUAAUAAACAGCUAUAAAUGGUGAUGGGCAAGGUUGAACCACAGUACUGACCAAAAGCAAGGCCAAAAAAUUCCCUUCCCGCAAAAAGAAUCUCAAAACACAGGAAAGUUACCAAUUUAGAUAGACCCAGUAUGAAAAUUUUUUCUUAUACUUUGGAAAUUCUAGUUUAAGAACAGAAAAAUAGGCCCUCUUGCCCUUUGAGAUGACUCACAUUCUGUCUAUUGAGUGUGUAUCACCCUGAAUAAAUCUGCUUUCAAUCUAAAAAAAAACAAAACCAGGAAAUCAACAUCAUUCAUUCAAUAUUCUAAUUUGAAAGUGAGAUUAACAGAGUUACAAAAAGUAUAGUAGGUUGAUUUCCCAGCAGAUAAAGACAUACCCCACUCCUAAAACUUGUCCUCAAUUAGGUGCAUAUGAAAGCAGCAUAACCCCAUUCAAAAUCUGGCUAUAUUAAAUAGUCCAAAAAUAAUGCAUGAAAAAAAUGUACCUUAGAUACCUCUAGUGCCUGAGAUAUAGCCAGAGUGAUUGUUGAUGCACUAAAGAGUGCAGUUUAUUGGUUAUACUCCUUUGAGUUAAUUCAAUCACAAAGAAAACUAUUGUAUUGUUGGAUUCACAAUCAUAUACAACCAACUGUGAACUCUUACCAACUUCCUAAUUACUCCACUUGCCUUGGAAGACCUUUUAUCAUCUAAUUCCUCCCCCGCUGGUUUGAGCUUUCUCAUUUCAUCAUCCUAUUCCUAUCUUAUCUUUUUUUCAUCCAACAGGCUUAGGCAUCAUCCCAUUGUGGCCAGUUCAAGUUCACUGAUUUGGUGUGAAAGAUUUCACCCAAAUUCCUUUGUUUAUCCAAGUGUUGAAAACAACACAGUGUGGAACUUGAGGCCUGGUACUCUGGCUGUAUUUCCUGGGGUACAGAAAUAUCAACUCACAAUGAGACAGACAUUCAGUGCCUACAGUCUGGAUUCUACCCCUAACUCUUCAAUUAAACUCUUUGAAAGUCUACCAGAGAUGCAAAAGCCAUUUCAAAAUCCUCCAUCUUCCAUUCAGCUUAUAAUUCUUUAAACUCUUCUCUUUUGGUUGUACUCUUUUUUUAUUCUCCUGUUUAUUUUUUAUCUUUUUUUUUUUUUUUUUUUUUUUUUUGCGGUACGCGGGCCUCUCACUGUUGUGGCCUCUCCCGUUGCGGAGCACAGGCUCCAGACACGCAGGCUCAGCGGCCAUGGCUCACGGGCAUAGCCGCUCUGCGGCAUGUGGGAUCUUCCCGGACCGGGGCACGAACCCGUGCCCCCUGCAUCGGCAGGCGGACUCUCAACCACUGUGCCACCAGGGAAGCCCUCUCCUGUUUAAUUGUGGUUAUUCCUAAAGGUUCUAGUCUCAGCCCCUUUAUUCCUGUAUCUUCAUCCACUUUCCUAAACUCAACUACCAAUUUUAACUAAACAUGCUCAAAUCUCCCUUCCUAAACUCUCAUGUGUACUCCAAUCACUCUUUGCAAAUGCCUUAAGUGGUUUUAACUCCAAUAUGUUGCCACAUCUCCAGUUCAGCACUGAAAAUACUACUUGUAUUUCUUCUGCCUAGAAUGUUUUUUCCACCCCAUUUUGUUCCUACUUACCUUUAGAGAUCAGCUCAAGCUUCUGCUUCCUCAGAGACUUUCCUGAUCUCCUCAAUUAGGUCAGAUUCCCCUAAUCUAGGCUCUCUUACCACUGUAUACCACUCCUUUGAACCUAUGUCAUAGUUGUAUUUUUUAUUUGUGUGAUGAUUUGAACAAUGUUUUUCUUCCAUGUAGAACAAAAACUCCCUGAAAUCAAGCAUGAUGUCUUUAUUUGCUCAACACUCUAUCUUCAGUAAAUAGUUGGCACUCAGUAUGUAUAUGUUAAAUGAAUUAACGGAUGGAUUAAAUAAAAUUUAAACAUUUCCCUCA